AUCCCGAUUCCAAGUCAAAUUUCUAACAAAUAACAAUAUUACUGGUGUCAGUGUGUACAUAUCUUCCCAUUUAUUUAAUAUUUUACGUUCAAAACGCAAUACUAAAAAUAUGUUUUGUAGCAAACAUUUUAAAUCUUGCUAUAUCUUCUAUUGUAUAACCAAUUAUACAGUCGUAAUUGGGUUGUAUAGUCCAACAUUAAAAUUAAGUUAAAUUAUUAUUACUUUUUAAGGGCAGGUUUUCUUACAUACCCUACAUUAAGAUUAAUGCUAAAGAAAGGAUGUCCGGGCUGUGGUUUUAGCUAUUGCUCAAAAUGUCUAAACUACAAAAUAUUUUUACCAAAACUUAAUUCUGAAGCUAAGGUCUGUGGCAAAUGCAAAAACACUUUAAAUUCUAAUCAUAAAGUAAUAGAGCCACCGGCUGCCUAUUUUAAACGAAUUGAAAAUCCAAAUGUUGUAAUAGGCCAAGAAAUGGAUGUUAAUAAAAAUGAUCCAGUUGAGGAAGAAAUUAGAAAGAGACUACUAAAGCUCAAGGAAGAAAAACUUAACUCAUCAGAGUGUUCUGAUAAAGAUAUUGCAGAACGCCUAAAAAAAUUAAAAGAUAUUCCUUCCACUUCCCAGGCACAGAUUGAACAAAGAUUAGCUAAUAUUAAAGAAGUCCCAAUAGAAUCAAUUCAGAGUAAGCCAGUUUUACCAACACCAGAUUUAAGAACAGAAGAAGAACAAGCUAAUGACUUACUUAUACAAUAUAUGGCUCAUGCAAGUAUGGAUAAAAAAUAUGAAGAUGAAUUUAAAAGCAAAAUUAAUGAUAUUGAAGGGAGACUUUACAAGCUGAAAGGUCAACAGACUGCUUCUUACAGUAUUUCAAGGACUGAUAUGGUUUUGAUGGAAUCAGAAGAUGAAUUGAUUAGAAAAAUCAUAGACAAGGCCAAGGUUGAGUCCGAUGAUGAAGUUGCAAGCCCUAUAAACAAUGAAUUGCCAUUUUGUGAAAUUUGUAAUGAAGAUGCAGUAAUGAGAUGUUUGGGUUGCAAGUAUUUAUUUUGUAAACUAUGUUUCAUGGAACACAAGGAUGAUGAUGAUGGUUGUGAUAAGUAUGAGAAAUAUACAGCCCCAUAAAAGUUUUAAGAAUUAUUUUUAAAAGGAUUUUUUAUUAUUUGUUCUAUUGUAUAUUGUAUUAAAUGUUCCGUUAAUUAAAUAAAUGCAC